GCUGUCCUGAAUCUCAAGAGAAUACUAUGGAGGAGUCAACACUUCUGAAGUACUGAGAUAAACCCUGGGGAGAGGCGAAGAAGCAGAGCAGACUGACAUUCCAGCAUCAUCAGGAAAGUGGUGGUUUUCUCUAGAUCUCCUCAGCUCCAGCGUUCAGACAAAAUGGUUUCCUGAGAACUGCACUUCCUUCCCUUUGCUCCCUUAAUUCAGAGGACCGCCCAGCUUUUAGUGUGAUGUAGCACUGGGAAGGGAUCCUCAGAGGGACAUGUGUCACUUGACCAUCCUCUUUCUUCUUCAGCUCAUGUAAUAGUGCUCGCUAUUUAGUUCAAAACAUCCAGUCAGUCCAUUGCUAACUUCCAGAGGUUAUGGGUGAAAGAAUAAAAUGGAGAGAGAGAAAAAGAGUGUGUGUGUGUGUGUGUGUGUGUGUGUGUGUGUGUGUGUGUGUGUGUGUUUGAACUAGAAAACUUCCCAUAUUGAAGCAAUUCACCAAAGUAACAAAGUAAGCUACAUUUGUAAUAGUCAGAAAAUGCGUCAAGAUAAUUAAGGAAAAGUCAGAGGCAAGUAUUUUAGUCUGAUUAUUUUUAUAAAAUAAUAAACUCAGCAGUAGAUAAAAGCGUUAAUCUAUGAGUUCUGAAGAAAAAUCUCUUUGCAAAGUGAGUUCUAUGAAUGUUGUUAUCUACUUACUGUCCCUGAAAACAACAGCCUUGUGUUCACAAUCCAGAUGUUUCUUGAUUUUAUUCACAGGAGACAAUUUAGUCUUGAUAUGAUUUCCAUUUGCAAAUUCCACUCAUUGUUAAUUUUGUAUCAAUUAGAAUAAAAUACCUUCCUUUGACUUAAAUCUACCUCAUUGUAGGCUCUGUGCAAACUCCAAGGAAAAGUUAGUCAUGUGCUUUCCAGAAGAUCAAAGCUUAGGAUAAAGACUGAGAGCAUUUGAUGUAAGAAGGGGGAGUGGUCAUAUAGGUCUUAGUCAAGACAUGUGAUAGUCACUGUAGGAGUUGCUGAAAAAAGAAGUCUGUGUCUUUCGUUAACCCAUUUAAGCAGAUCGUGUACCAUCUAAAGGGGAAAAUGUUCCUGGCUAUUUUGUAUUGCCUUCUGUGGAGAUUCCAGAUCUCUUCUGGCCACUUCCCUCGAGCCUGUGCCUCCUCGGAGAACUUGAUGGCAAAAGAGUGCUGUCCUCCAUGGACGGGUGAUGGGAGUCCCUGCGGCCAGCUUUCAGGCAGAGGUUCCUGCCAAGACAUCCUUCUGUCCAAUGCACCGUCUGGACCUCAAUUCCCCUUCAAAGGGGUGGAUGAUCGUGAGUCCUGGCCCUCUGUGUUUUAUAAUAGAACCUGUCAGUGCUCUGGCAACUUCAUGGGAUUCAACUGCGGCAACUGUAAGUUUGGAUUUGGGGGCCCCAACUGCACGGAGAAACGACUCUUAAUUAGAAGAAAUAUCUAUGAUUUGAGUGUGGCAGAAAAGAAUAAGUUCUUUGCUUACCUAACUUUAGCGAAACAUACUAUCAGCCCAGUCUAUGUCAUCCCCACAGCCACAUAUGGUCAAAUGAACAAUGGGUCAACACCCAUGUUUAAUGAUAUCAACAUCUAUGACCUCUUUGUAUGGAUGCAUUACUAUGUGUCAAGAGACACCCUGCUUGGAGGUUCUGAAAUCUGGAGGGAUGUUGAUUUUGCCCACGAAGCACCAGGUUUUCUGCCUUGGCACCGACUUUUCUUGCUACUGUGGGAACAAGAAAUACAGGAGCUAACAGGGGAUGAGAACUUCACCAUUCCAUACUGGGAUUGGCGGGAUGCAGAAAACUGUGACAUUUGUACAGAUGAGUACUUGGGAGGUCGCCACCCUGAAAACCCUAAUCUACUCAGCCCAGCAUCCUUCUUCUCCUCCUGGCAGAUCAUCUGUAGCCAAUCAGAGGAGUAUAAUGGCCGUCAGGCUUUAUGUGACGGGACACCUGAGGGACCACUGAUACGCAAUCCUGGAAACCAUGACAAAGCCAAAACCCCGAGGCUCCCAACUUCAGCAGAUGUGGAAUUUUGUCUGAGUUUGAUCCAGUAUGAAACUGACUCCAUGGAUAGAACUGCCAAUUUCAGCUUUAGAAACACAGUGGAAGGAUUUGCCAGUCCACUUACAGGGAUAGCAGAUUCUUCUCAAAGCAGCAUGCACAAUGCUUUGCAUAUCUAUAUGAAUGGAACAAUGUCCCAAGUCCAGGGAUCGGCCAAUGAUCCCAUUUUUCUUCUUCAUCAUGCUUUUGUGGACAGUAUUUUUGAACAAUGGCUCAGAAGACACCGUCCUCUUCUGGAAGCUUAUCCAGAAGCCAAUGCACCCAUCGGCCAUAACAGAGACUCCUACAUGGUUCCUUUCAUACCGCUAUACAGAAAUGGUGAUUUCUUCAUUUCAUCCAAGGAUCUGGGAUAUGACUACAGCUACCUACUGGAGCCAGAUACCGGCUUCUACAGAAACUAUAUUGAGCCCUACUUGGAGCAAGCCACUAGGAUCUGGCCAUGGCUCCUUGGGGCAGCACUGGUGGGAGCCGUUGUUGCUGCAGCUCUGGCAGGGCUCAGCUGUCGGCUGUGCUGUCGCAAGAAGAGGCAGUUCCAGGAAGAAAGGCAACCACUCCUCACGGAAAAAGAUGAUUACCACAGCUUGCUGUAUCAGAGCCAUGUAUGAACAGCCUAGGAAACAGUGGGGCCAAAAGGUCUUACCUCACUUUACCUAUGAGUUGGUGAAGAUUGUUCCCACAAUUUUAGUCUCACACAAAACAUAGACCAUAGUUAUUUGUCUUACUAUUUUUGCUCAGCCUCUUGAUUUCCCCCAAGCCCUAGUUUCCAAGGAAAGACUGGUAUUUGUUAAAAAGUCACUCUUAAUUGUAUCUGAAUAAAAUUUCUCUUACAACUAAUUGGGUUGAUUUUGAAAAUGCUUCCUGAUUAUUUAAAAUAAACUUAUAAUGGAACUAUGUCAAUUGAUGCCUAUG